UGCCCUAGUGCUGUGAAAGGGUGAGACUGCGGAGCUGCUUCCACCCAGGCAGGAGGGACUUGGUUCUCCAGCCUGAAGGACCUCACAGGAAAAUCUGGCCUGAUUUUUAAGCCGGGAGGGGCAGUCGUACCCAGCCUGGUGCUGUGCAGUAAGCUGCACUUGCUUUUCCGAGUUUGAAGCUGGCUGGGGCAGAUUUUUUGUGCAGCUCUGCAGUGCGACUUGAGUGAUUCAGUGCUCCUCUAACUUUUAAGAAUUUUUAACUGUUUAGGCUUACGCUUAAAGCAGUCCCUGGCUUAGCAAGUAGCCCAGAUUGUGUUUGUGUUGGACAGAGUAUCGGCCUCCAUGUAAGAUGUAUUUUGUGUCUGUGCUGCGGAGCCAAAGCCCUGAGGUUGCUAUAGGAACUGGUUGAGUGGAGUCCCAGAUGCACAGGGCUGAUGCCUGUGUGCUGGCUUCUCUGAAAAGCUCCGGGUGAAUCACGCCUGAGCCCUUAACUGUGUGUGAGUAUGGUGGCUUCUUUAGGGAAGCCAGGCUUCAGCGAGAAGCAUUGCUUUAACUUGGUCAUGUCUAUGUAGUCCUUCUGAAGGUGUUCAAUUCUUACCCUCCCUGGUUAUGGAAGAGAAUGCUUGAGCUGUCUGGUGUUUUGGAGUUGUUCUAAUUCAUGCUUAAAACUUGUUAUCCAAAUUUAAGCCUCAUGGAUGCUGUAAAUUAAAUAGGAGCCAUCUCCAGUGAGCGAAAGGACUUUUGUAUGUCAAACAUCAGUGACCUGUAAUCUUCAGCAACACUAUUCUGGUCUGAAAAUGUCUGCUCUUGAAGCACUCUUUAAAUACAUCGAUGAACACGAGAAUGUCUAUAUCCAGCGGCUGGCUGAAUGGGUGGCAAUCCAGAGUGUGUCAGCAUGGCCGGAGAAGAGGGCUGAAAUCAGGCACAUGAUGGAGGUUGCUGCAAAGGAUAUUGAGCGGCUGGGAGGCACAACCCAACUUAUGGAUAUUGGGAGACAAAAGCUGCCUGAUGGAUCAGAGAUCCCUCUACCGCCAAUUGUUUUGGGAACACUUGGCUCAGAUCCACACAAAAAGACGGUGUGUGUGUAUGGUCACCUGGACGUUCAGCCAGCAGCACUAGAGGACGGCUGGGAUAGCGAGCCCUUCACACUGGUAGAAAGAGAAGGAAAGCUGUAUGGGCGAGGAUCAACAGAUGACAAAGGUCCAGUGCUUGCCUGGCUGAAUGCCUUGGAGGCUUAUCAACAAACUAACCAGGAGUUUCCAGUAAAUGUUAAGUUCUGCCUAGAGGGUAUGGAAGAAUCAGGAUCCGAAGGCCUUGAUGAACUCAUUUUUGCUCAGCGGGACACUUUCUUCAAAGAUGUGGAUUACGUUUGCAUUUCUGACAACUACUGGUUAGGCAAGAAGAAGCCUUGUAUCACCUAUGGUUUGAGGGGUAUCUGCUACUAUUUCAUAGAGGUGGAAUGUAGUGACAAAGACCUUCACUCUGGAGUUUAUGGUGGUUCAGUACAUGAGGCCAUGACAGAUCUCAUUACUCUAAUGGGUUCUCUCAUAGAUAAGAAGGGGAAAAUUCUCAUCCCGGGUAUUAAUGAAGCAGUUGCACCUGUUACUGAUGAGGAGCUGGCACUAUAUGAGAAGAUUGAUUUUGACCUGGAAGAAUAUGCAAAAGAUGUAGGAGCAGCAAAACUAUUGCAUGAUGCAAAGAGAGAUAUCCUUAUGCAUAGGUGGAGAUAUCCUUCCUUGUCUCUCCAUGGAAUUGAAGGAGCCUUCUCAGCCUCUGGAGCCAAGACUGUGAUUCCAAGGAAAGUGAUUGGCAAGUUCUCAAUCAGACUUGUGCCAAACAUGACUCCUGAAGAAGUCACAAAGCAUGUUGAAGACUACCUGAGCAAAAAGUUUGCAGAGCUGCAGAGCCCAAACAAAUUCAGAGUAUACUUGGGCCAUGGUGGAAAACCCUGGGUGUCAGACUUCAACCAUCCCCACUACAUGGCUGGUAGGAGGGCCAUGAAGACAGUUUUUGGAGUUGAACCAGACCUGACGAGAGAGGGAGGAAGCAUUCCUGUUACCCUUACUUUUCAAGAAGCAACAGGCAAGAAUGUCAUGCUGCUUCCUGUUGGAGCUGCAGAUGAUGGUGCCCACUCUCAAAAUGAGAAGCUAAAUAGGUACAACUACAUCCAGGGGGUGAAGAUGCUUGGUGCAUACCUCUAUGAAGUCUCCCAGCUGAAGGACUAAGUUAGACACCUUACCUUCUGGCUUAUGGAUCAGAAGUCCGAAUUUUCUUAUAAAAUGUCAUCAAUUACCAAAUCUUACAUAGCUUCCCUUUUCCACCAAUACUCUACUGCUUUGGUGGGGGAGAGGGAAGCAUGCAGUUCCACUGACAAAGAACAAUGUAUACCAAAAAUAUUUCUUUAAACACUUACUUCAAAUGACACAGACUAUUCCUUAUCUGGCCAGCAGUCCUGAACUGCAUCUUUGUCCCCUCUGUAUCACUUCAAAGUUGUGGUUUGCUGUAUUCAUCUACUUCUCCUGUAAAGCAGGAAGAACAGUUUGCUCUCAACUGUUUAAGCAGCCACAUCAGUUGCAGAACUGCCAGCCAAGUGUAAGGCUGUUAUUCCUGGAUAUAUCCUGGAAGUAGUCAAAGUGACAGAUUACAGGGCUGUACUGGAAUGUGCUCAAGCUGUAGUGAGGCAUCUCUCUUGCUAACCGAGUGAUUUGGAAGAGCAGUUUGUCUCUUAAGGUUUAUACCUGCCUGCAGGUUUCAAUUAAGAGUGGAUCAGGUUAUAACAAUUCACUGUGCUAAUGACUACUGGCCAGAAUCUUUUUCUGAAGCUGCCUUUGUAUUCUCUAAAAAGGACAAUAAAUAAUCAUGCUCUAGA